UUUGUCCAUCUGCUAAGCUGCCGGCCAGGGAAUAGCAGCUCUUCAUGGAAAUCUCAGGGAGGUGCACCCAGGGACAUGGCAUCCGACAGUGAGGUGAAGAUGCUACUCAAUUUCGUGAACCUGGCCUCCAGUGACAUCAAAGCUGCCCUGGACAAGUCUGCCCCUUGCCGACGCUCUGUAGACCACAGAAAGUACCUGCAGAAACAGCUCAAGCGAUUUUCUCAGAAAUACUCCCGGCUGCCAAGAUGCUACCCCAGUAGAUCUGGAGAAUCUCAUUCAAAAAGGGGGCCUGAGGAUGGCCGUUGCCGCACCCCCUCUAAUGGCAGCACCGAGAAGGGCCCAGGAAACCCAGGAAUGGAAGAGAAUUUUCCUGAAGAGCAGACCCUUCAAGAGCAAAUCCCAGAGGCCUGCAGGCCAGACCAAGUACCUAUGCGGAAAAGACAGCUGCCUGCUUCCUUCUGGGAAGAACCCCGGCCUGCACAAAGCUACUCUGGAGGGUUAGAUGGGCUCUCAGUCCAUAGGGAGGUUCCUGCCUAUGAGGGAAAAAAAAGCAAAAAGAGACCCGAGACCUUGGGUUCAGAGACUGCACCUGUACCUGCUUCUCCCAGGGCAGAGAAGGAAUCUCCAAAGGUCCCUUCAGCCUCCCUCAUGGGCCGGAUGAGUGCCUGGAGUUGUUGUCCAUUCCAAUACCAUGGACAACCCAUCUACCAGAGCCCAGGAGGUCUGCCUCAGUCCCCUGUGCCAGGCCUGGGGCUUUGGAGAAAAAGUCCAUCUUCCCCAGGGGAGAUGGGCCAUUUCUGCAAGGAGCCUGGUAGCCCGAGCCAGAAAGUUUACAGACCAGUGGUCUUGAAACCUAUCCCCACAAAGCCAGGGGUUCCUCCUCCCAUUUUUAAUGUUUUCAGCUAUAUCUAG